CCUAUCCAAGGAAAUAUGAUGAACCAACAACAUAGAAAUCCUACUCAUGCCACGCUCUCUUUUUGUUGUUGUCUUGUUUUCAAAAAGGAGCCUUCUGUUGGACAACUUUCCACCGGCAGCACACUCGCUGUAGAUGUGUGCAAGGUCCACAGGCGGUUUUCCGGGAACCUGCAGCUGCCUCCGUUGUCAUGGCGACAGUUGGAAAAGGAGAGGGACAAGGUCAGGUCGCUGACGCCUGAAGAAGAUCCAGUGGCCUGGACCAGACCUACGAGUCUGCCCAUCUCCUCUCUGCCCCGGAUCGACAUCACACAGGCGGAGCCCGACGGCUUUGAAGGGGAAAAUGGUCCAUCGUUGUGCUGCAGUCCUUCUGACCUGCAGGUAUCGCCGGGGUCAGGUCUGGUUCUCCAUCCCAGCCAGGCGGGCCAUGCCCAGCGCCGGGAGUCCUUCCUCUACCGCUCCGACAGCGACUACGAACUGUCGCCCAAGUCCUUGUCUCGGAACUCUUCCAUUGUAGGAGAACUGCAUGGGGAGGACUUGAUUGUGACUCCAUUUGCUCAGGUUCUGGCAAGCCUUCGCACUGUCAGAAACAACUUCACCACCUUGACGAAUGUACAGUGUGCCUCCAAUAAGAGGUCUCCUGCUACCAAUCAGCCUGCUCUCACCAAAGUCUGUCUGUCAGAUGACUCCUACCAGAAGCUGGCUUUGGAGACCAUGGAGGAGCUGGACUGGUGUCUGGACCAGUUGGAGACCAUCCAGACCUACCGCUCCGUCAGUGACAUGGCCUCCAACAAGUUCAAGAGGAUGCUGAACCGGGAGCUAAGCCACCUGUCUGAGAUGAGUCGCUCAGGCAACCAAGUUUCCGAGUACAUCUCCAACACAUUCAUAGAAAAGCAGAAUGAGUUGGAGCUUCCGUGUCCAGUUCCUAAGUCCAGGGAAAGGAAGAGGAGACAGGGCCAAAAGCAACAGCAACAGCAGCAGCAGCAGCAGCAGAGUGGGACGAUGACUCAGAUCAGUGGGGUGAGGAAGGUCAGCCACACACCAAGCAUCUGUGGAAGCACGAACAAUCGUUUUGGGGUGAAGACCGACCAAGAGGAACUGCUGUCGAAGGACCUGGAGGGCAUUAACAAAUGGGGCCUGAAUAUCUUCAAAGUGGCCGAGCACUCCCACAAUCGCCCGCUCACGUCCAUCAUGUACUCCAUCUUUCAGGAGCGAGACCUGAUGAGGACGUUCAAGAUUCCAACCGACACCUUUGUGACGUUCAUGGUGACCUUAGAGGACCACUACCACUCCGACGUGGCGUACCACAACAGCCUGCACGCGGCCGACGUAGCCCAGUCCACGCACAUCCUCCUGUCAACUCCCGCCCUGGAUGAGGUGUUCACAGAUCUGGAGAUCUUGGCGGCCAUUUUUGCUGCAGCCAUUCAUGACGUUGACCACCCAGGAGUGACUAACCAGUUCCUCAUCAACACCAACUCCGAACUGGCUCUGAUGUACAACGAUGAGUCAGUGCUGGAGAACCACCACCUGGCUGUGGGCUUCAAACUGCUGCAGGGGGAUAACUGCGACAUCUUCCAAAACCUCACCAAGAACCAGAAGCAGACGCUCCGGAGGAUGGUCAUCGACAUGGUGCUGGCCACUGACAUGUCCAAACACAUGAGCCUGCUGGCUAACCUGAAGACGAUGGUGGAAACCAAGAAGGUGACUAGCUCUGGAGUUCUGCUGCUGGACAACUACACAGACAGGAUGCAGGUUUUGCGUAACAUGGUUCACUGUGCGGACCUGAGCAACCCGACCAAGCCCCUGGAGCUGUACCGGCAGUGGACCGACAGGAUCAUGGAUGAGUUCUUCCACCAGGGAGACAGGGAGAGAGAGAGGGGAAUGGAGAUCAGCCCAAUGUGCGACAAACACACAGCUUCGGUGGAGAGAACACAGGUUGGCUUCAUCGAUUACAUUGUCCACCCUCUGUGGGAGACGUGGGCGGACCUGGUCCACCCCGACGCCCAGGACAUCCUGGACACACUGGAGGACAACAGGAACUGGUACCAGCGCAUGAUCCCCCAGAGUCCCUCCCCGCCGUUCUACACGAGCGACGGGGAGAGUGGCCAACCUGGGGAGCUGGAGGGGGGACCUGUGGCGAGUAAAUUCCAGUUUGAGCUGACCCUGGAUGACCAGGACGAACAGGACGUGGGCGGCGAGCGCGCGGCGAUGGAGACGGCCGGCGGCGUGACACUUCAGCAUCACGCCCGCGAUCGGGACGCGGUGGAGAUGACGCCGUGCGACGUCUCGCCCGCGGAAACAUAGCUGAACUGACGGUGUUCUGGGAGAGCAGCGAGUUUGGCUGAAUUCAUUUUAAUUGCAGUAGAGCAAUCCUGCAAUGUCGCUCUUUGGAGCUGCCCGGCAAAAGAGGGCCUGAAUGAAUGGGGGAGGGGGGGGGGGGGAACCCGUGAAGACGAGGCUUGGGAAACCCCCUUCGUCAGUUUGUUUUGAGGCCCCCCCGGAAGGGAGCCGGGAAGAGGCGCGUUCCUCAAAGAAGGGACUGCUGAGGCAGGACUGAAUCUCACAGACGCAGAAGGUGGACAAUUUGUUUCUGUGAACAAAAAUCCUAAUUUGCACUUCAGGAUGUUUUUUUUUUUUGUUCAUUUUAAUUAUUCAUAUUGUGUCUGGACGGGAUGCCACCUGGUGAAAUGGCCAACCAAAAAUGACUAUUCGGCAAGUUUUUUGUAACCAAGUUGUUUUUUUAACACAGUUUUGUGCCUUUUUUUUUUUUUUCAACAACCGUUUCUCUUUUUGGAAGUGUUUUUUUUAUAAUUUAUUGAACACAUUCAUGUAGCUGUUAAAGGUGUGAACUUUUCUACAAUAAGGACACGUUUCUCUCACACAGUCUUCCUCAUGUUCUGGGAGUAUUACGCUUGUUCUGUGGAUGUAUUUCUAAAAUCAGACAACUUCCCCGCACAAUCUGCACUUUGUGGCACAGGACAAGGAGACCGCGGAACGCAUGAGUAACAUUGUUUAAGUGAUCAUGUUUGUUUUUCUUCAAUAAUUUCCCUCUUUGAUGAACAUAUAUUUUAUAUUUCGAGUCCAAAAACUAAACCAACUCCAAAGAUCCUGUCCAGAAAGCACUUUGAUGAUUUCACUGCCACCUCUAAAGAGUGUGAACCCAUGAUUGAGGAGUCAGUAGUGAAGAAAAUCAAACCUGUGUCCAGAAAAGGGAAAUUGAUCCCUGACGCUGCCAUUUACCUGGAUGAAGAGUUCAGUCAAAUGAAAGACAAUUAUUUAGUAAAGGUUAAGGUCUCCACCUUGUAAUCCCCCUGGUUUCAUCAGCUCACAGGAACAGGCUUCUUGCCCUGAAUCAUUUUGAGCUACGGACGACUGCGCACAUUUUAAAAAGACACAUUUUAGUAAUAUAAUAAUUUUAUUCCAGCACUUUGAAUAUGUGGACAGUUUUCAGCCGGUUGCUGAUCUGCCCAACACUACCUUAAAGGUACCACAAUGUAAGGUGCAACCUUCCGAAUAAAGGGUGGUGGGUGCCAAUGUCGGGUCAUGACACGAUACCUUCCAGCGUGUCUGUGUCUGUGUGUGUGUGUGUGUGUGCGUGUGUGUGUGUGUGUGUGAGAGAGUGUGCAACUCGGUUUCCACACACACAAUCUUGUUGCACCGAGCUGUGUUGUGCCAACACUGUAUUUAUUAUCUUUCUCCUUGUAUAUAAUAAUAUUGAUUGUUAAUAUUUACUGUAUAUUUGUUAUUUAUAUGCACUAACCUGUAUCAAAUCGGUUUGACUGAACUCGUCCGGUGGUUCUGUCUUAUUGUUUUUAGCAGCUGUUUUGCUAUACGACCGUAACAUGACGUUAUGCAGCUCAAUUUUGAUAAUUUGAGUUUGUUUCAAAGUUCCAGCCAGGAAAUCAUGGACAGUCGGAACCAACCAACCGGUGGAUUAUGAAGGCUGGAUAUUUACUGCAGUAUUUUGUGUACGGUGACUGGUCAUUGUACAGCUAUUGGAAUAUACUGCAUUGUUUCAAAUAUAUUUUUUCAGUGUUUUUCCUCACAAUGAUAUAUGGUAAAAUGGUGUAUGUAGUGCUCAAGAAAUGUUUUCUAUCAGAUUAAUAAAUU